AUGACCAAAUUAGGAGAAUAUUAUUUUAUUUUUCAGAUCUUUUCGAAGUUAGGGGGACGUGAUAUUACCAAUAGAACAAAUAUAAUUUUGAGGCACCUAAUAUCUAAUAAUUUGGCAGUUAGCUACAAUUAUUUGGGAACUAGACAAGAGAAGAAGACAUUCAAACCUUCAUUUCUCAACAGGGUUGGGCUGUUCUUUCUGGCACCAAUGCUACCAAAAAAGAUGUGUGAAGAAGAUGCCAUUAAAACUUGGUUAAAGAUUGCACCAAAAAGAUAUAAAACAAAAUAUUCAUAUAUCUUUUUUAUCCUCAGCAGUAGUAGAAUGUAA